AGGAAAGAGAGGAAUUUAGAGAGUGUGGAUGUUUGUUCAGAAGUAAAACCGGAAAAUGAAACUCAAAAUUGAACAAUAUACACACAGUUAACAGAUUCGGUAGGAUAUAUCAUGUGAGAGAUAUGAAUUUGAAUCGUUGGUAUUUGUGGACGACUCGGUAGAAAGUGGAAGACUGCUAAAGGCCAUGAUGGAAUAGUUACUCCAGGGAGGCAUGAUCUCCGCAAAGAAAAUUCAUCGAUUCCGCAAAUGCAAACCACAAAUUCUAACCGGCCAAUAAGUAGCAUAUUUUGAUAAAGAGUCAAUCAUUUCGGUGCCGAUAAGAGACUGAUUACCAUAGAGGCCCUACAGAAGCGACACAUUGAACCAAUCAUAAAUCAUGGAUUUGCAAAUUCAACAAGAUGAGACAUUUCCUGUCCAAUCAGCGAUGACGGGGGGCAGUGGUCAGUAUGAUGAGAUAUUGACUGACCAAUCAAGCAGCAGAGCUUCGCCUGGCGAAUCUGGACACGGAUUGGACCAAUCAGAAGACAGCGCCAAAGACUUUUACAGAUUUAGCGAGAAUGUGAAUCAAACUUCUGCGAAAUCUGUAUGUUCUAAGGAUAUUGAUGGUUUAUCAUUUACUUAUGAAAAUAACCAACAAUCAGAUUACGUCACAGGCCCCCAUGAAGAAUCACCCGAGAACGUGCAUUUACAUGAUUCAGCUGUCACUGAACAAACUGAAGUAAUUUCGAGUGAUGAUUCGACCUGCUCCCCGUCGAUUACUUCGCCUCUAAUAUCUGACGAAUCAAGAACUUCCAUUCAAGACACCAACCAAUCAAGAACCUCCAUUCAAGACACCAACCAAUCAGAAGACUCCUCUUCGCGCCUCGAUAGUGGGAUCAACCAAUCAGAAGACUCCUCUUCGCGCUUCGAUAGUGGGAUCAACCAAGUUGAGCAUAACGGGGAUGGUAGCAACUCGAGUUAUCAGAGGGACGAGAGGAGCAAGAGCGCAUCUGAAGAAGAUGAAGUUUUGAAGGAGCCUUCUAAGCUUACCAAGUCUCAAGUUCUCAUCUUCAUCAGUCUGGCUGUCUCCAUCUUCCUCGAUCAAGCCUCCUUUUCGGUUCUGGCUCCUUUCUUUCCAAGAGAGGCAAAGGAGAAAGGUGUUUCAGGUCUACAAAUUGGUUUCAUAUUUGGUGCAUUUGCUCUCGUCAAUGUCAUCUUUUCGCCAAUCUUUGGAAAAUUUCUUCCUAGACUUGGAGCAAAAUUCACCUUUGUUUCCGGAGUUUGGAUAGUAGCCGGAUGUAACAUCCUAUUUGGGUUCUGUGACGAAAUAAAAUCCACUUCAACGUUUGUAAUCUUCUGUUACGUCACCCGUUGUACCGCGGCCGUGGGUACCGCUGCGGGUGUAACUGCAACAUACACCAUAGCCGCUCAGACGUUUCCUGAUCAUGUCGCUCAGACCGUCGGUUUGAUGGAGACCUUUGGUGGUCUUGGAUACAUGGUUGGUCCUGUCAUUGGUGGCUUCCUGUACGAGGUUGGAGGUAAUGAUUAUAAGAUUCCAUUUAUUGUGCUGGGGUGUGCUGAUAUGGUUUGUGUUUUUCUCAACUUGGCCUUGCUGCCUUCAAUAGGUAACGAUGGCACAAAAACGGGCUCCAUCACCAAAUUCCUCAGCAUUCCAUCGGUAUGGCCUGUCGGACUUAGCAUCUUCGUCGGGAGCGCAUCUUUUGGCUUUCUGGACCCCACCCUAUCCCUUCACGUGGCACAGUUCACAGAGAGCGCGAUGGUAGUGGGUCUGCUCUUUUUACUUUCUGGAGGAUGUUAUGCCUUAAGCUCACCUUUGUGGGGUUGGAUGGCUGAGAAACUGAAUAUAUCUCGUUUAAUGAUAAUCAUUGGAACCAUCAUGAGUGGAGGCGCUUUUCUGCUAAUGGGACCAUCACCUCUUCUUAACCUUCCAAAUGAAUUAUGGAUUAUUUGCGUGAGCUUAGCCUUAUGUGGCAUCUUUCUCUCAGCCUCAGUCAUCUGUUCAUUCAAUGACUACCUGAUCUCCGCUUCGAAUCAUGGUUUUCCAGAUGACAUGAGCACUCAGGCCGUCGUUUCGGGCAUUUUCACUAGCUUAUUAGCUCUUGGGAAUUUCGUGGGUCCGUCACUCGGCGGCCUGGUCGUUCACCUGUACAGUUUUGACUGGUCUGUAACCGUCAUCGGAGGCAUUCAGGUCGUCGUCGCCAUCAUAGUCGCCCUCUUCACUUUGAGCGAAUUCUGCUGCCAAAAUAGAAGACGACCAACACCAUUACCGACACGUGUGAUGGCAUCAGUGAAUGAAGAAGACUUAGUUCAAGACAGUAUGGAGCCCCUCCUUAAAGGACACGUAUGAUUCACCUCAAACAUGAAUGGAAUAUUCUACUACAGAAGAGACUGAGCAAGGAUGAACUGGAAUGAUCUAUUUUUUAAAAGGGAAGCAAUCUGUGCAAACUUAUAGAAGUACAAUAUUUCAGUAAAUUUAUCAAGGAUCUUUUGAAAGUGAUUCUAAGAAAUGAAUAUGCCAUGGUAAUAAUGUUUAUUGUUUUCUUACACAUUUCGUAAGGGGAGGGGCAUCUGCUACGAUGAUUUGCAAUUCUUUAUCGUCUAAUUUCCAUCUCACCUUUUCUAUCAUCUAGAUCUUACGAUUUGCAAAUGCUGAAUACUGCGAAGCUGAACAUUUUGUUUUUGCUGGAGUUACUUUAUAGUCCUACUUCAGUUAUGAUUUAGAAGUCAUUACAUUCAGCUACCUCCCGUAAUUUCGGUUAAAAUUUGAAACAAAAUCACAAGACCGAAUUUGUCAUGGAUUACGUCAUUUUACAGUCAUCGUAGACAAUUAAAAUGUCAAAUAAUGACACAAA